UUAUGGAAUAACUUUCUUAAAUCGUCGUUAUUAUUACGUGAUUGUGACAUUGACAUUAGGAGAUAUGGAAGACGAUAUAUUUUUCAAACGGCCUGGCACAACUGAUAAAGGAAAAGACUACGAAGACAUUGUUAUUGCUGACCUGGUGUUGCAACUUGUGCUAUCAAAACACGUCGAUAAUUUCAAGGUGACAUCCAACGACAAAAAAUUUGGAGACUUCGAUGACGUUGUUGUAGAAACAGAAUCAAAUAAAGAAAAACAGUUGUACGCGAUUCAGCUUAAACAUAUAGGUAAAAGUGAUAAAACAUUGUCCGUGGAAAGUUUAAAAUCAGAAAGUGGCAACUUUGCAAUUAAAAAAUAUUUCAAAUCGUUUAAAUCUAUAAAGCUACAUGAUACACCCUGCAAGUUCAUUCUUUCAACUAACUUGAAAUUUGACAAGGACGGAGUACAAAUCCAACUUAGCACCACCAAUGAUGGCUUCAUUCUAAUUAAGAGUCACAAAAUUGAAUCAACGGAGUUAUUCACCAGUGGACUGUGUUACAAGUUUGAAGUUGAUAGUGAGAGUCAAUCGUCUGAUAUUGAAGAAUACAUAAGAUUUUUUGAUAAUUUUCUGUUGUAUACCAAUCAAGCAAAUGUUGAAGAAACUAAAAGUAACGUCAAGUCAAAAUUCCAAAAACAUUUUUGUUGUUCUGGUACAGAUUCUGAUGGAUUUUUGCAGUUUAUAUCAAAAUGGAGUCUCCAGGAAGGUCUCAAGGCGAAAUUAAACAAAAAUAUGAUGCGAAAACUUAUUGCUCUUGUUGUUGUACAUAAAUUUAUUCAACCUCUGUCUUUCAAAUCUGUUAACGACAAGAUGAUAUUACUACGUCGGGCUAUUAAUGGUUGUCAUAUAACGUUUGCACGAAAAGAAGCCUAUCAUAAAAUUAAAUUCCUUUGGAGCGACUUGAAAGAUCGAGCCAUCAACGAGAGCACUAACGAGAUCCAGAAGGUGGCACGAACUUUUCAAUUAAUUGAUUGCAAAGACAAAAUAAAAGAUUUGGAUGACUACGGCAUGACAAAGUUGUUAUGGCUACUAGGAAUGUGUCCGCUAAUACUCAAUGAACACCAGACAAGUUAUAAAGCUAUUAGUUUGUGCAACGAGGAAAAAUUUAUUUUAAUCGGUUCCGGUACUAGAGAAGAACAUUCACCGAGUAGAACAGUUUUCCAGAACUUGUCAGAUUUGGAUCUAAAUUCUAUGAUAUACAAAGACAUCACAAGAAAAUUUAAGUGCUUAUUACAGGGUAAGGAAGAAGUCAGUUUAGAAUUUUUAAUUGAGCGAAAUGAAAAUAUUCGAACAGUUGUUACCAUAAACGAUUUGGUGAAAAUGUUAGAUGGUCCGUAUCCACUUGGUGAACAAAAAGAGGUAAUUCCAGAACCUUAUAUUCCAAGACUUCUGUCUGUAAAUCACAUUGAUAUCAAAUAUUUUAAAAACGUUGAUAAAGACACUUUGUUGGUAAUAGACUGUAUGGACAAAUUUGACAAAAUCAAGAGCAAAUUAGGAAAUUUUAACUUAAUUGAUAUUUCGUUGUUUUUGCGAGACGAUGUGAAAAAUUCCAAAAGUCCUAAAUAUGCAUCAAGUUACAAACCUUUGUACUACACAAGUCCAUGUAUAAAAAAUUUUGCUUCUGGUUCGGAUGUCUACAUAAGCGAAACGUGUUCACAAGAAGACUUUGAUAAAAUAUGCAGACGAAAUCCUAGUAUUGAAAGAAGUCAUCACUUGAAGAUUAUCGACGAAAUGACUUUAGAAUGGAUACGAAGCAAAGGUGACAUAAGUGAUUUAGAAAGAUAUAGACAUGAAAAGACAUUUGUAGAAGAAACAAACCUAUAUAGAGGAAAACCUGAGAACAAUAUAAGUUUGGUAAACGGGGACCCCGGGAUGGGAAAAUCGGAAUUAUUGAAGAACGUGAAAAAUAACUGUGGCGUGGACUUCUGGUGCGUUUUCCUGCAAUCUAUGGACAUUACUCUUUUGUGUACGCGUUUAGAACAAACUCAACUCGAUCUGAGAGAACAAGAACUUGUCAAGUUUAUCAUCGACAUAAUAUAUGAUGGAUAUCCAGAGUUUGAUAAACAUGUGAUAAAAUUACUAAUUGAAAAAUAUCAAGUUGCGUAUUUUUGGGACGCUCUUGACGAAAUUACUACAAAAAAUGUUGAAUUUGUGACUGAUCUUAUACAAGAACUGUCUCAGAAGAGCUGCUUUCAAUGGAUAACCAGUCGCUGCCAUUUGAAGAAGCAACUCGAAAAAAAGUUUAAUGUGUUGUCAAGAAGUGUAAGUCAGUUUAGUGAAGCCGAACAAACCCUUUAUAUACACAAAAGACUGAAAGAUCUUCUUUCUGAUGAAGAUAUCGACAAAGUAAUUGAAAAAAUCAGAUCCACUGUUACUUUGGUUAAACAUAAUGAUGUUUUGGGUACACCACUCCAAGUGUUUAUGCUCACAGAGCUCUUUCGACAAGAUCAUGCCAUGUAUGAUGACUUACUUGACAAAUUGUUUUCUUUGACGGAUCUCUAUCAACACAUUAUUGACGAGAAGUUUAACAGAUACUAUCAGUUGAAAGCAGAUGUGCGUGCUCCUAAUGAUAUUUUGAAGCAAGUGCUUAUAGAUCACAAAAGACUGAUGCUGGAGAAGUAUGAAAAAGCCGGCUUAAAAGCACUAAUCAAGAAAGAAGUUUUCAGACACCUCAACAUCGAGUGUGAUGACUUUUUGAACGAAAUUCAAAAUCGUGCCGACAGUAUAGGACUGAUAACAGAAGUCACUGAUAGUUUUCCUCAGUUUUUGCAUAACUCUUACGCUGAAUUCUUUGUGGCAAAAUAUUUCACCGAACACUACAAGGAGAUAGAGGAUUUCGAAAAGAUUAUUUUUGAUAGUAGGUAUGUGAACGUUAGAUUCUUCUUUGAUUUGCUCACCGCAAAAGAUUCUUCUGCUCACAUCGCCGUGUUGUAUAAGAAUAUCGAUUUACUCAAACAACAUAAGGACGAUUUAAUGGGUUGUGAAGACACCGGGGGAAGAAAUGUUCUGCAGUUGGCGUGUUCAUGGGGUCAACGAUGCCCUACCCUAGAAAUGGAAAGACAAGAGGAAAUUUAUAUCGUUGAUAACGAAAGUGACGACUUAUCUAAUGCAGAAACAUCUGAAUACACGGAAAUGUUGCAGUACCUGUUAGAUAAUUGUGACGCCUCAGAUUCUGACGACAUCUUCAACGGGACGUCUUUAGCUUACGCUCAGAAGGCUGAUUGUUUGUUGGCAAAAUUAAAACUAUUAUUGAAGCACAGCUCAUCUAAGCUAAAAAGUAACAGUGAAAACAUAAGCAUCUUGUAUUACUCCGCUAAGUUUGGUUAUGAAGAUGUCAUUGACUUAUUUGAAGAAUUACCUUUCGUCAAAACUAAGAAAGAUGGUUUUUCGCUUUUCCACUUGGCUGUGAAUUAUGGUCAUGAGAAAUAUUUAAUGAAACUUCUUUCUGUAGACAAUUAUAAAAAAUUAGUUGAUGAUAGAGACAAAAAUGGCGAAACACCACUUUAUGAAGCAUGUCAAAACGGCUACUAUAACUUAGCCGUACUGCUGGUAGAUCAUGGUGCUAACAUCAAUGUUGGAACAAACGAAGGCUCGACACCUCUUCACACAGCUUGUUUACAUCUUCACACCAGCAUUGUCAAAUUCUUGCUACAAUCUGGAGGCAAUGUCAACAUUACGAAAAAAUACGACAUAACACCACUUCACGUAGCUUGCUGGAACGGACAUCACGACGUCGUUAGUCUCCUGCUUCAGAAUGAUGCCAACAUCAAUCUUCCAACGGACGAUGGUUGUACACCUCUGUAUAUAGCUUCUAGAAACAGGCAUGACAAAGUUGCUUCUCUGUUACUGAAAUAUGGUGCCGAUAUCAAUUUCGCGCAGGAAGAUGGUGCCACUCCUCUGUUUAUAGCUUGUCAAGAAGGUCAUAUCAAGAAUGUUGAAGUUUUGUUGAAAGCAAAAGCCGAUUUUAACCUUGCUACGAAGAGUGGAGAGUCGCCUCUGUAUAUAGCUUGUCAAAAUGGACACAUAGAUGUGGUUCGGAUGUUGAUUAACUCUGGAGCCGAUGUUAAUGCUGUUGCGGCAAAUGGUUUUAUGGCGAUACAUAUAGCAUGUCAACAAGGAUACGUUGUUAUUGUUCAGUUGUUAAUUGGGGCAGGAGCUAAGGUCGACAUUUGCGGAGACGGUAUGACGCCGUUAAAGAUCGCUUUGAUUCAUGGACAUGACAAUAUUGUUGCUUUGUUACAAAAUUAAGUUAUAGGUUGUUUUUAUAAUACAAGUUAACCUUAUUGUAGCUCAAUUAAGCUAAUUUUGUGUAUUCAUCAGGUUCUUGAGAAUCUAUUUAUUGAAUAAAUUUUUUUUUUAUUGAG